CUCCAUGACAACCAAUUCAGUUUUGUUGUUGUUCAGGGAGACCAUUGAACCAGCGAGCCCGAGACUUGGAGGGCAGACUUUUGGGUAGCUAACAGAAGACGGGAUCGGGAGCGGCAAGCAAAGAGAGAGAAGAAUUUCACCCGCAGACAUUUGCGGCCGAGCCGCUUCCCGGGGAGGGGGCUAAGGAAAAAAAGGGCACCUGUCCCUGGAGUGAGACCAUUCAACUCAUUGCUUUCUGCCGUUUGCAUCUCCCGCUUUCCAGCAAAGUUUGCUUGUGCCAUGUCGGUGAUUGUGGCACAAGCUCUCCACAUUUUUGGGUUCCAAUCGCGAGUAGCGAACAAUAUUUGCUUCUUUGAUGAGCAGAUAAUAGUAUAUCCCGCGGGGAAUAACUGUGUGAAAUACCAUAUAGAGCAGAAAUGGCAGAAAUUCAUUCCAGGUUCAGAGAAAAGCCAAGGCAUGCUUGCACUAGCAAUUAGUCCAAAUCGACGCUAUCUGGCCAUUUCAGAGACACUGCAGGAUAAACCUACUAUCACAGUCUAUGAACUGUCAUCUGUACCAUGCAAGAAACGAAAGAUCUUGAACACCUUUGAUUUUCCUGUCCAGGAAUUUAUCAGCAUGGGGUUUUCCCCAGAUUCCAAAUAUCUUGUGGCACAAACAGGACCUCCUGAGUCAAAUCUUGCCUACUGGAUGUGGGAAAAGCAAAGAACAAUGGCCAUUAUUAAGGUUGAUGUUCAGAACAAUCCUCUCUAUCAGGUGAGCUUCAAUCCACAGGAUAACACUCAAGUGUGUGUUACAGGAAAUGGGAUUUUUAAACUCUUUAGAUAUACAGAGGGAACCUUAAAGCAGACCAACUUUUUACGGGGAGAGCCACAGAACUACCUCUCCCAUGCCUGGCUCUCUGAAGAGAAGGUGAUCGUAGGCACUGACACAGGCAAGCUCUAUUUAUUUGACUCUGGUGAUCUUCGCUGGGAAACAAGUAUUGAGCACAGAGAGCCAAGUAGUGAAGCAAUGAAAGAGGAACAACCACAAGAUUCAAAAGAAAGCCUUGUUCAGUUUCCUCCCACCUCUUCUCCUGAGUACUCUAGUGAAAAAGUCUGUGAAACAGAAGCACAGCAGCAGAAAUCUCUGCCCCGUGUCUCUGCUAUUGCUGCAUAUUCUAAGGGAUUUGCUUGUGCAGCUGGUCCAGGGAUUGUUCUGCUGUUUGAGAAGUCAGAUGACAAAGAAGUUUACAGAGAAAGCCGAGAGAUACGGAUUCCACAAGAUGAGUGCAGCAAUGAUCCAAAUCAGUCAGACAAGCAGGAAGUUGUAUGUAUUGCCUUCAGCCCUGCAGAGGAAACUCUCCUCAUUAGCACAAAUAAAAAUCAGGUCUAUUUCCUCUCCAUGUCAUCAGCUGAGAUAACCAAAGGAGAGACAGCUCACUUUGAAUACUUGAAUCAUCCAAUACAUUCUUCUUCCAUUACUGGCUUGGAUACCUGUAUUCGCAAGCCACUUGUUGCUACCUGUUCAUUGGACAAAUCCGUCCGCAUCUGGAACUAUGAAACCAACUCGCUGGAUCUAUACAAAGAAUACCAAGAAGAGGCAUAUGCACUUGCACUCCAUCCAAGUGGCCUCUAUGUUUUGGUUGGUUUUGCAGACAAACUCCGACUUAUGAAUCUGCUUAUUGAUGAUAUCCGGGCUUUCAAAGACUUCACUGUACGAGGAUGCAGGGGGUGUGCCUUCAGUACAGGAGGUCAUCUGUUUGCAGCAAUAAAUGGAAAUGUGAUACACAUUUACUCUGCCAUAAGUUUUGAUAAUGUAAUCAACUUGAAAGGACACAAUGGGAAGGUGCGCUCAGUUGUGUGGAGCAUGGAUGACUACAAAUUGGUCUCCUGUGGCACAGAUGGCGCAGUGUAUGAAUGGAACCUCCAGAACGGCAAAAGGGAAUCUGAAUGUGUUCUCAAGUCCUGCAGCUAUAGUGGAGUGGCAAUAUCUCAAGAUUCAAAAGUCAUCUUUGCUGUUGGAUCUGAUCAUUCUAUUAAGGAAAUCUGUGAUUCUACAAUUCUCCGAGAAGUGCCAACUUUUGAUGUAGUCUACACGUGCAUAGUGGUAGCUCAUUCUGGGCGCAUGGUAUUCGCUGGAACCUCCACAGGGACCAUCCGCUCCAUGAAAUACCCAUUGCCUGUGCACAAGGAGUUCAAUGAGUAUCAAGCCCAUGCUGGCCCAGUCACCAAGAUGUCUAUAACUGCUGAUGACCAGUUCUUGCUAACAGGUGCAGAGGAUGGCUGCAUAUUUAUUUGGAAAGUAUAUGACAAGGAGGGACGGGGACUGAAAAGGGAGAGAGACGUUCCAUAUUCUGAUGAAGUGUUGAUCACUAAGACAGACAUGGAAGAGAAGACUCAAGUCAUGGUAGAACUGAAAACACGUGUAGAGGAGCUGAAGAUGGAAAAUGAGUACCAGCUACGUCUCAAGGAUAUGAAUUAUAAUGAAAAGAUUAAGGAACUAACUGAGAAAUUUGUCCAGGAAAUGGAGUCACUAAAAACCAAAAACCAGGUAUUAAAAACAGAGAAAGAAAAACAGGAAGCACAACACCAGGAGCAACUUACAGAACUAAUCGAGAAGCAGUCAAGAGAGGUUCAAGACCUAGAAUCUGGCAACAACCAAAAGCUGUUGCUGGAGUAUGAGAAGUACCAGGAGCUGCAAAUGAAGUCCCAGCGCAUGCAGGAGGAAUAUGAGAAGCAGCUUCAUGAAAUGGAAGAGAACAAGAGCCAGGCAAUGGAGGAACUGACAGAGUAUUAUGAGGCAAAGCUGCUUGAGAAGUCCACUAUGCUGGAAGAGGCUCAAGAUGAUGCAAGGCAACAGCUUCGGGAAUUUGAGGAAACUAAAAAACAGAUCGAGGAAGAUGAGGAUCGAGAAAUUCAAGAUAUUAAAAUCAAAUAUGAGAGGAGACUUCGAGAUGAAAGAGAAUCCAAUUUGCGGUUAAAGGGAGAGACAGGGAUCAUGAGGAAAAAGUUCAACAGUCUCCAGAAAGAGAUUGAGGAACGUUGCAGUGACAUUGAGGGAAUGAAGCUGGAGCAGCAAAAGCUGCAGGGGAUCAUUAAGGCCUUAGAGAAGGACAUUCUGGGCUUGAAGAGAGAGAUUCAAGAAAGAGAUGAGACCAUCCAGGACAAGGAGAAGCGAAUUUAUGAUCUGAAGAAAAAAAAUCAGGAGCUAGAAAAAUUCAAGUUUGUGCUAGAUUACAAAAUAAAGGAGUUAAAGAAACAAAUAGAACCACGUGAGAAUGAUAUCAAGGCCAUGAAGGAGCAGAUCCAGGAGAUGGAGGGUGAGCUGGAACGUUUCCACAAACAGAACACUCAGCUGGAACUGAACAUAGCAGAGUUGCGGCUGAAGUUGAAAGCCACAGACCGUGAGAUGCACAAAGAGAUGCAGAAGGAGCGAGACAUGGAAGCUCUUGUCAAACGAUUUAAAACUGACCUUCACGACUGUGUGGGCCUUAUCCAGGAGCCCAAGAAACUAAAAGAAAGCAUCAGGGAUAUCUAUGAAAAGUAUGUGCAGAAGGCAGACAUGGUGGAAAUUGUUGGAGUUGACACAGACUUGCAUCAGGAGUAUACACGGCAGCGAGAGCAUCUUGAGCGCAACCUGGCUACACUGAAGAAAAAGGUGGUAAAGGAAAGCGAGAUCCAUCGUGCAGACUAUGUGCGCAUUAUGCAGGAAAAUGUGAGCCUCAUUAAAGAAAUAAACGAGCUGCGGAGAGAACUGAAGGUCACUCGCACUCAAGUUCAUGAUCUCCAGUCUACUUUGGGACUUCUUAGAAAACGCAAGAAGCAAUCAGUGCAAUCCACAGCUAUCUCACCUGAUCGUGAAGGUCCAACCAUCCAGCGGCUGAAUCCAGAGGAAGAAGCAGAGAGGAUCAUUGAAAUGCAACGGUUGGAAAUCAAACACCUUAGAGAAGGACAAGAAAAGGCCCUUGCACACCGACCUGUGUCAGGUGGAAGGCUUCCCAUGUUAAACAGGGACAGAAAGAGUGGCAUACUUACAGAGUGACCUGUGCAGAAGCUGGCCCACACCAUAGCUCUACUGAUCUGCUCUGCUCUUCAUCUGUAAUUGGAGCAAGGACUGACCCUGACCUCAGGCCACAGUGGGUUUUUCUUGGGCAGUCUUUCUUUUAAGCACCUCUAACUCUAGAAGGAGGUAAACGUGAAAGGAAGCAAUAAACAAGUCAGACUGGGUUUAUC